UCUCAGAUGAAUCAACCAAUGAUUUAUUAUACUUUACUUUUAUCAAGCACCUUUGCAAAAUAUCCUACUACCUCUGGGAUUAUAACGUCACGUCUUCGUUAUUAUCCCGCCCUUUCACGUAAUUAUAGCUCUUAAUAAAAAGCACUUAGACCCAAUUUCGUUCACCACCCAAUAUCUUAACGUCUUAAUUCACGUACUUAAAACCUUAAAACAGUUUUGUAGGCUGUGAUAAUGAAAGCGUACACGAUUUUUAUCGCCACUUAUUGGAUUAUGUUUGUGAAAUGUAGAGACGAAGAGAAAAUCUCCAAAGCAUGUUUUUGGCCGAAUGAAGUGUACGAGCCUUGUUUCGGCGGUUGCGCUGAGAUCUCCUGCGACAACCCGCGUAACCACUUACGUCCCUGCUACCCUUACUGCGAGCCCGGCUGCGUGUGCGAGGACCCUUAUGUUCGAGAUGACCGCACGCACCAAUGCGUCUUACCUCAGGAUUGCUCACCGACACAGAUGGGUAUACCGGUGCCAAGUAGAAGAUCAGCAAUACCGCCAGCGCCUCCAAAACCUUCAGGAAGAAUACAAAGGGUCCAUGCCAAGAAAGAAGAGAACUUGGAACUAAGCGAUGUCGAAAAUGUCCCUAACCAUGUAGAUGAGUUCAAACGAACCGCAGAAAUCUCCAGAAUGGGGAAUUAUUUCAACAUAGUAAUCGCUCCGCCACCCAUCAAGGCUCUGCAACCGAGGAAAAUGGUACAUAACGAUGCUCAACGAAUAAAAUCUAAUGCAAAAUAGUGAUAUUGAUAUCAUAAAAAGUACGAGUAU